AUGGCCGUGGGGGCGCGGCUGUGCGCCGCGGCGAGGCUGCGGGGCCCCCGCGGCGGGGCGGCCGAGGACCGGGUGCGCAUCCUGCGCGGCGAGGAGGAGGAGGAGGAGGAGGAGGAGGGGGAGGAAGGCGAGCCGGCGGCGGCGGCGGCGCGGACGGUGCGCUUCGCCGUGCUGCCCGAGCGCUACGAGCCGCUGCGGCCGCCGCCGGCCGCCAAGCAGCGCUACCGGGCGCGGCUGAGGAAAUACGGGAAGAACGUGGGCAAAGCUCUGCAGAAAGGAUGUCGCUACCUGGUGAUCGGCCUGCAAGGGUUAGCGACGGCCUAUUCCUCCCCCUUUGGAGUGGCGGCUCAGGUGGCGUCGCUGGUCCGCUAGCGCAGCUCUGCUCGUCCUGCAGCGGAGGAAAUCGGCCUGCGCGGAGCACCGCAGUGAUUUGUGCUUUCUUCGAAUUAAAUCAUCUGCCGAGACCCACAUCUGAGGAACCAAAGGCAGCCUCCCGCCCCCCGCCAGCAGCCGGCUCCCCUGGACUGACUGCUCCUCCCUGCAGAAAGCUCUGGCACUUUACAACCAUUAAAAUCAGAUCGGGUCAAAGAACAUGCAAGGAUGAGGAAAUAAUCUUAGACUAAUUGAGCUGAAGUUUGUUAUUAGACAUGAAUUGGGUUUCUAAAGCCUUGGGCUACGUGUGAAAGGGAGCCAAGGACAGAUGGGAAAGCAAGUAGACGAGGGAGAGAGAAACAAAUGGAAAUAGAGGAGGGACAUUUGGGGAGGUGGAGGGUGUUUGGAUCUGGGGAGAAAGCAGUAGUCAAAGCAGCGAAGGAAACAAAUAAUGAGAGAUCAGAAAAGAUGGCUUCUGUCUGUUAGUGUGGGGUUUUUUUGUUGUGGUUUUCCCUGAGGUGGCUAAAAUGAUCAGUAUGCUUAAAAAUGUAUUUGGAUAUAAAUGGACUGUGGUCUGAAACAGAGGGGGCUUUGCUGCCUCACUGUCGUUCAUCUCAAACACUGAAAAUCGUGAGUCCUUAAAAUCUUAAGACUGUUGCAAAAAUCAUAAAAUCUUUAAGAAAAUAAAAAUGUUUUUGUCUUCCAGUUUGUCUUCCAGGCAUUAAGAGUUCACUGUAAUCAAUAUUUUCAAGCUUUCUUCUGCUGCUGUGAAAUCUUAUGUCUAUUUUUUUACUGAGAACUGAGUUUAUAUCCAAUUUACUGGAUUCUAGAAGCUGGGGCUUUAAGAACACCAAAUACUCUCGUGUUUGCUGGGGGUGGGGGGGAGCAGAUUACCAGCUGCACCUGAAAAACUACAUAUAUUGUUCAUGCAGUGCAAUUUGUAUAGUAAUGGGGACAAAUAACCUGCCAGCUCCAUCUUCAUUUCCUUAUGUGAAAGCUGUAGCUAGAGAACGUCAACGUGAGAUGGCUCAGCUAAGUAAUGUGGAUGGAGCAGUUUCAGCGUCACACCUCAAGGAAUGUAAUUAUGUCUUUUAUUGAUGACAUGGGAGCAAGCAUUUUUAUGGGCCUUUGAAAUUCUGUGUUUUGAUCUUCUGUCAUUCUUUUAAGUAAAUGAUUUCCCUGCUAGCACUUCUCUGUUUUAUAGAUUUUUCUAUUCUUCAUAAUAUUUUUGUAAUCACGGAGUUUAGUUUCAUUUUGGAAAAAAAAAUGCUGUUCAUGUGCUUUCUUUGUCUUUUCUUGAAUGAGGGAGAAUUGCCCGUCUGAGCAAACCAGACUGUAUUUCUCUUAAAUGUAGGAAGAGAAAUAGAGGCAUUUUUAUAUUCUCUUCUAACUGGACUGAAAAUAAAAGCAAUACAAUCCA